UUAUUCCAAGUUCCAAGAAAUUUCAUCACAAGACUUCACGUUUCAUUUAUUUUCGUCAUUGUUUAAAAUUUGUUCGUGUUCGUGUAUUCAUAUUAUUUAUUUUGACGUUGUUGAGUGAAAUAAUUGAAAACUUUUGAUAAAUAAAAAUAUUGAUUAUUACACGUGUGUUUAGUCGUUGUCGUGUAAGUAGGUACAUGUUAUAUUCGAGUCUAGUGAAGAUGAUCGCAGUUAUUCUGUAGCAGAAUUUCUUUAUUUAUAAAUGAGCGAAAAAUUUUAGUUGAAUUUAUUAUGUUGUCCGGCUGUGAUUGACUCAUUAAUGGCUGAAAACGGUGCUUUGGGCCGCGGUCGUGGCCGUGCGGCUCUAAUGGCUCGGCUAACAGGGCAAAACGAACCCGCUGGUGAGCCACAACCGAUUGGUCGAGGAGCUUUGUUGCGAGGAACGACGUCGCCAGAAGCUGCCCCUACUCCUCCUCCGUCCAUCCCGGAGCCCAAACCUACAGGACGCGGGGCGCUAUUACAGCAGUUAGCAGCGUCACUACCCGAAGGUCGUACCGUUCCAAGAUCACCUCCCGAGCAACACGCCGAUGUUGUGCCUCCGCGUCAGAGUCCGCCGUCUGCAUCGACUGAAUCGGUCAGAACGGGCGGUCGAGGCAGAGCCAAUUUGUUACAAAUAAUUAAGGACAAAAAUACUAACGGUAGCAGAAAUACGAACGAGGUGACAGAAGCGGUUUCCGAACUGAGUGUUUCUCAACGCAGUCCUCCCAGGUCGCGUGAACCUCAAGAGAGAUCGGAACCAGUUAGGAAACACGGAACAUCCGGCCGAGUUGUUCCGGCUACUGCGAAUUAUAUCAAGUUGGAAUUACGCGAUCCCACCAAAGGAAUUUAUGAAUACGAAGUCAAUUUCGAACCUAGUGUGGAUGACCGACGCCAGCGGAUGUUCAUAGUAAACGAUCAGUUCAAAAAACAUGCCCCGAUUAAAAUUUUCGACGGCGGCGCUAUUUUGUAUUCACCCCAUCGUCUAGACCGUGAUAUUGUACGUGAGAAAUCUACUCUCAGGAGUGGUAUGGAAGUAGAUGUGAUUUUUAAAUAUAAAAGAAUGAAGCCUCUCAGCGAUUGUAGACAUAUCCUGAACAUUAUUAUUAAACGCGUGAUGGGCGAAUUGAAUCUUAUUAAAUUCGGCAGAUCUGAUUAUAAUCCUGCAAAAAUGAUUAAAAUUCAGCAGCAUAAGUUGAGUAUUUGGCCCGGAUGUGAAACCGCCGUCGAAGAAUACGAAGGCGGUAUUCAUUUGUGUUUAGAUGCGUCUCACCGCGUGUUGAGAGAUCAGAGAUGCAUCGACAUCAUUCGUGAUAUUAUUCAACAACAACGCGGCGGCGAAGGUGUGAAAAAUGCCAUAACUACCGCAUUCAUUGGUACCUCUGUGAUCACGACCUAUAAUAACAAAGUGUACAAAAUAGACGACGUAGAUUUCGAAGUCAAUCCACUCUCUCCUUUCGACAAGAACGGAGAACCUGUUACUUAUAUGGACUAUUAUAAGGCACAAUAUAAUCUGACGAUUCAAGACAAAAGCCAACCGAUGUUGGUACAUCGAGUUAAAAGAAAACCGAUAGGAAAGGAAAAUGUAGACGUUCUGUUAUACUUGGUGCCCGAAUUGUGUUGCCCUACCGGGCUUACCGAUGACAUGCGCAAUAAUCAUAAGCUAAUGAAGGACGUAGCGGAAUUUACCAGGUGUUCACCUAACCAACGGCAAGCAGCUUUGAGAGAAUUCGUCAAGGGGAUAAAAGAAAACCCUAAAGCCGCUGCUCACUUGAAUAAUUGGGGGCUCAUUUUACCGGAUGUGACAAUCGAUGAUGAGGCCCGCGUCUUGAAUCCUGAAACCAUCCAGUUUGGUGGUAAUCGAACAGUUGUGGAACCUAGCGCCGAUUGGAAUCGAGCGUUAUCUUCAAACGCAGUUCUUAGUCCGAUUGAUCUAAGAAACUGGGCGGUAAUUCAUACGGCGCGUGACACGCCGUACUCACAGAAUUUCUUGGAAACCGCCAAACAAAUAUCUAUGAAGAUCGGCAUUAGCAUCAAUAAGCCAAUCAUCAGAAGUAUUCCUAACGACCAGGCAAGAACGUAUUGUGAAGAAAUUCGCCGACUGGUGCAAGAAAAUGUUCAAAUCGUGGUGACAAUAUUUCCAACAAAUCGCGAUGAUCGGUACGCGAUGGUGAAGAAAUUAUGUUACGCGGAGUUGGGAAUCGCCAAUCAAGUUAUUAAUUCGAAAACGUUAUCGAAACCGAACGCCUUGAGAUCCAUUGUGGUAAAAAUUAUGCUACAAAUUAACUGCAAAAUUGGCGGAUUUCUGUGGGGAGUUCCUUUACCGUAUAAAGAAGAUGGUAUUAUGUUCUGCGGAAUUGACGCUUACCACGAAGCGUUGAAAAAGACUCAGAGCGUUGUCGCGUUGGUGUCUUCGCUAAACACGGCUAGCACUAGGUGGACAAGCGCCCACGCUUUUCAUCAUCGUGGCCAAGAAAUAUCCGACGUAAUAACUGGCUUGUUGAAAAAAAAUUUACAGCAGUGGUAUAAGAAAAAUAACAGUUUCCCGGCUCGAAUCGUAGUUUAUAGAGAUGGCGUCGGUGAUGGACAAUUGAAAACUGUUAGGGAUUUCGAGGUACCGCAGUUCGAAAGAAUGUUUCCGGUUGUUAGUGCGGAUUAUAAUCCCAAGUUGACUUACGUAAUCGUCCAGAAACGUAUCAGUGCUCGUAUUUACGCUCGCGAGAGAGGAGGAUUCGGUAACCCCCCUCCUGGUACUAUUAUGGACCAUACUAUAACGCGGCGUGAUUGGUACGACUAUUUCUUGGUAUCCCAAAAUGUGCGACAGGGUACUGUGUCCCCUACACAUUAUGUCGUCGUUAAAGAUACUAGUGAGAUGACUCCAGACCAAGUUCAGCGCUUGAGUUACAAAAUGACUCACCUGUAUUACAACUGGUCGGGUACGGUCCGUGUUCCAGCGCCGUGUCAGUACGCGCACAAGUUAGCCUAUCUCAUCGGGCAACAUGUCCAUGCGCCGGCAAAGGAGAACCUUAGUGAUCUUCUAUUUUUCCUGUAGAAGUGAAAUUUUACCCGUGCGUUGAUUUUCUUCCAAUUUUCCAUUUAUUGUCUUCGUAUUUGUGUUCAUUUCAUUGUUGAAUUUUUUAACUUUAAUUUGUAACUUGUUUUCUGUUAAUUUUUUUUUUUACGAUUAUGUAUGAAGAAAUCUAUUAUAACUUUUUCUAAUAAUUUUUUUGUUUAAACGGUACGGAGUCCGUGUAUUUCGAAGUUUUUUCUGUAUCAUCGAUGAAUUUAAGUUGAAAAUUGAGUAUAAUAUUCUGAAAUAUAUGUAUGUAAGUGAU